AUGACGACCCUCCCUCCAGAAUUGUGGCAGAAGAUCUUUAAGAUCGUGGUCGAAGAAUGGCCCUUUCGUCCAGGGGACUUCAUGACUCAAUGUGGACAAUGUUGCCCUUACUGGAGCAUCAACUACAAGUACGGGGAGAAGUGCGAGUUUUCGUCUACCUCAGAAGACGGUACAUCACGUACUGCCUGCGAAGUCAUGCGUUUGGGAUAUAUCAACUUGACCCUUGUAUGCUCUACGUGGCGGGUUACGUUGAUUGAGGAUCCUGAGCUCUGGACGACCAUCACGGAGUACUUCACUUCGGGCUGCGUGGACGCUUUCGUAAAACGGAGCAGAGAUAGGCCCCUCAGCAUAUCAUGGCACAAUUCCAGGAAAAAUCAAGAGGCCAUGGCUCGCAUCAUGCAGAAGGCGCACGACCGCAUACGGCGGUUGGAGACGGCGGUCGAUGUACUCGACGUCGUCAACCACAUGGGAGAGGUCGCGGACAUCUCCAUGCCUCAGCUGCAUGGUUUGACCCUCUAUGUUCACCCUCGAACAGCUACGAAGGACGUCAUUGAACCUCUACAAGCCGAUGGCUUGGCCGAGCUUGAUCUCUAUAUGAAACCUUGCCUCGCCAUUUGGUCGUUCUUUGCGUUGCCACGCUUACGAAAGCUCUCGGUCCACUUCCAAGUUGGCGAUGGGAUGGACAUGGAUAUGCUAUCAGACCUGGCCGACGCUCUACGUGCGCUACCCUCGCUCGAAGAAUUGUACCUGGACGAGCUGGUGCUUCAUAAUGGCUUCCGAGUCUCUGAAGAUAUGGUGAUUGAGCCGCAUGCGGUUCAGUUACCCAACUGCUUUAGAUUGGAGCUACGGGGCGAUCAAAGGGUCAUCGAGAGCUUGCUCGGUGGCGUCACCUUUCCUCCCCAAGCCCGCCUGAUACUUUCGGGGUCAUUCGAUUACGGAGCCGCCACCGUCGCAAGCACAUGUAGCACGCUGUUCAGAAUGAGCGAGUCGUCGGGGGCACCGUUCGUCGCCGCCUCUCUGGACUUUGACGCGGGUGGACAUCUCGACUCCAUAAUUCCGGUAUUCCCGGACGAGAAAUGGACAUUGCGUGCCUCGCGUCACCUCGCGUCCGAAGCCGAUGGCCCGGGUCAUGAAGAUAUUAACAUGUCCUGGCGCGAUGCUCAUCACCUACGCGAUGGAGAGCAAGUCCUUGGGCACUUGUGCGCGUCGUUGGGACAGAGUAUUCGCGAGGUCAGGCUCUCCCAAAGCGGCGAGACUCGCGUUCCAUCGCCACUUCUCUACCAGCGCUGCUUCUCAUCAUGGACGCUGGUCGAACGUCUGCAAGUAUCAGGCACCGGCAUCGCCCAUAUCGGCCUCGAUACGUUGCUUGCGAGUCCCACGAACAACGGACAACGGAUCCUUCCACGCCUUCGUAUACUCAAGUUCGACGACACUCAGUGGAUGGACGUUAUAGGCGACGACGGCGAUGUGCUAGGACAGAAGCUCGUAAAAGCUCUACGUGAGCGAUACGACAUGGGGACGCGACUGGACGUCAUCGUGGUACCGGACGUCGAGGCGCUGAAAGCGGGGAAGUGGUGGGAAGCGCUUCAGCAGAUCGCGCGGGUCGAGCAGGCGUGA